CACACUCACACACACACUCUUAAGGUUUUCAGAUAAAGCAGGAAACACACAGGUCUACACAUAAUAUAAUCUACCUGAAUAAAAACAUGGAAUGCUGACAAAGUCUGAAGCAGUGCCAAUAAGGAUGGACUUCUGAAGGGUUAAGCACACAUAGGUGUUUUCACUUGUCACUUGUUGCCUCAUUAACCCUGGUCCAAUAACCCGCUCUGCUCUGUGGUGAUCACAGUGUGUUCUGUUUGUGGCAACCCACUGUGAAAUUACAACACACAGUGGGGGAGUAACUGUAGAUUAUCAAGCUUCCCCUCCUUCUUUUUAGUUGGUAUUUUGUGAGUAUAGCAACGCAAAACUUGAGAACUGGUGAAGGAAACAACUGAAAACAGGCAGAUAUAAGAGUUGGGACAGUUGAGAAGACAGUAUCUAUCCAGAUUUUUUCUUCCAAUUUCAUUGUCCCCCAUUAUGGCGGCCAGACGGAGAGUCAUGCUCCUGGUUGCAGUGGUCCUCUCUCUGCCAGGCUUCAUUCACAGCUUCCAACCCCUCUUCUCAUUUGAUGGUAAUUCCUCCACUCAUCGUGACAUCACCCAAAAGGCGGUCCUCAGAAAGACAGCCGAGGUCUGCAGAGACAUUGCUGCCUCUGAGGGACGGGACUUCAGCCUGACUAUUGAUGACAGCCUGUCAGCUGACAAGGUGCAAAGGGCCUGUUCUACUACAGGCACUUCUCUCCUGUCAACGGUCCUGUUCCAAACUUCCAUUGCCAAUAUGUACUUCAGCAACGCAAAAGUGGACGUGGUUUUUGCACUGAGUGAGGAGCACCAUUUUGAUGAUGAGACCUUCCAGGGAGGACGGGACAUCAUCACUGCAGGCGUGUCUGCUGUAAAGGCCAGUGUGAAGCUGGAGAGUUUUGUUGCCGGGAGGUGGACUCUUGGACAAGUCUGUCAUACCCUACAGGACUUCUAUAGCCACAGUAACUGGGUGGAGCUGGGGAACAAUGCUCCUUACAGCACACUGAUCAAACCUGACCAACCUCUUGGGAACCUGGCAGAUCUAAGUACUCCAACCUGUAGGAACUGUACAGGGGGCAAUUGUGAAAACAACCUUCUGCCUGACCUUUUGCAGCAGGGGCUUCUCACUUCAGGCUAUUUCAACAUCUUCUCCUCAGCAAAACCUGCAGGUAAAUGCAGCCACGGUGGAUCAUUUGACAAGACAAGCGAACAGGACCCAGUGGGGGGCAUCAACAAGGACAACGUUGGAUCCAGUCAUGGCUCAUUUCACCACAAAGCAGCUGAUUUGGCUGUGAAUGCCACUUUGGAGCUACUGGAGGACAUCAGAGUAGCUGUCGGAGACAAGAACUUCCUCAGAUUGAUGGGCCUCUCCCAGUCCUCUGUGCUGUGUUUUGUCAUCGAUACCACAGGCAGUAUGAGCGAUGACAUAGCUGAGGCUAAGAGAGUUUCCUUUGACAUCAUUGACAGUAAGAGGGGAACCCAGCAGGAGCCCUCCGCCUACAUAUUGGUACCCUUUAAUGACCCAGGUUUUGGACCUUUGAUUAUGACGACCGAUGCGGACGUCUUCAAAGACAGCAUCAAUAAGCUGUCUGCAAGUGGAGGAGGAGACAUCCCAGAGUUGUGCUUGUCUGGACUACAGCUAGCCCUGACUGCUGCUCCACAAUCCUCUGAGAUCUUUGUCUUCACUGACGCUCCAGCUAAAGACGCUCAUCUGAAAAGCGCCAUCACUGCCCUUAUAGAAAGCACCAAGUCUGUGGUAACUUUCAUGUUGACAGACGUCCUGGCCAGUCGACGGCGCCGCAGAAACCCUCAGGGUGGGAGUCCUCGCUCAAUGAGCCAAUCCGACGCCCAGCUGUACCGUGACCUAGCCCGAGCUUCUGGAGGUCAGGCCAUUGAGGUCACCAAGUCAGACCUCUCUCUGGCUACAAGUGUAAUAGAGGAUUCAUCAGCCAGCGCUGUGGUUACAAUUUUUCAGGUAGUAAGGAAUCCUGGAAGGCCUGAUCAUUUUACAUUUGCUGUUGAUGGUUCUUUAAGGAACAUCACUGCCUACAUCACAGGAGCCUCAUCUCUCACCUUCAACCUCACCAGCUCCACAGGUAUAUCCCAGAGUUCCAGUCAGUCCAGUGGUCCUCUGGCAUCCUUCACCACAGCAGGAAACCUACGUCGUUUAAGCCUCAACACUGACAAUCAAACAGGAUCAUGGCAAAUCAUUGUUAAUUCUAAUAACCCCUACUCUGUUAAGGUCACAGGUCAAAGCUCAGUGAACUUCAUUUAUAACCUUGUGGAAGCUCACGAAGGAGCCCACGGGGACUUCAGUCUAAAGGAGGGACGUCCUCUUUCAGGUGGUAAUGCCAGCCUCUUGGUCUCUGUGACAGGAAGUGACACAGUAAAGGUCACAGAAGUCACUCUGGUUGACAGCUCGGGACCAACAGAGGUUAAUGGAUCACUGCAGUCACUGGGAAGUGGUAACUUCCUGGUGACAUUCAGUGGAGUGCCAACAGGUGACUUUGUGGUUCGCCUGAGAGGAGAGGACAGCAGCUCCACCUCCAGGUCAACACCGAGCAGCUUCCAGAGACAGGCCUCCACACAGAUCAAGACCUCAAGCAUCGCUGUUACUGCCCAAGCCAACAACACCAACAUAGAACCAGGCUCCACCAUCUCCAUCCCUUUCACAGUCGCAACGACCACCAGCGGAGUUGUUAAUGACUCUGCAACUGGAACAUUCACAGUGCGAGCCAACAAUGACCGCAGCUUUACUUCAACUUCACCCAGCACUGUCGCCAUAGCAGCAGGCACUGGAGGCAAAGCCAAUGGCACCAUAACCUUAACUGCCCCAGCCAGUGCUGCAUCAGGAACAGACGUGACUGUUACCAUUGAGGCAGAAAAUGCAGCUGCUACUGACAUCAACUACGCUGUCCUCAGGUUUUCUGUGGUUGCCAAGGUGACAGAUAUUACACGACCAGUGUGUCAGGUAGUCAGUACAUCGACCAACUGUCCAUCCUCUUCAUCGCUCUGUGCUUCCUCCCAGUGGGAAUUCAUCGCUAAUCUUACUGAUGGCAUCAAUGGAACUGGCAUUGAGAGCGUCACCAUCCGCCAAGGGAACGGUACCCUCAAUACCAGCACAGUGGCUGGAGCCGGGGGCAAGAACAUUACAGUGGCUACCUACAGCGCCUCCUGCUGUUCACAGAAUGUAGAGCUGGCUGUUGUGGACAGAGUAGGAAAUGUGGGGAAAUGUUUGGGACAAGUUAGAGAAUCUACCACAGCUGCCCCUGUGACUACAGUUAACACAUCAACAACAACAACAUCUUCUGGAGGGCACACUUUGAGCAUAUCACACUGUCUCUGGAUCAGUGCUGUGGUUGCUCUUCUUUGGAAGUAAAAGAGAUAAAUUGAAAUUACACCGUGAAUGUGGAAUUGUAGCACAUGAAUCAAUUGUCCUCACUGAGUAUUUAAUAUAUUUGAUUUAUUUAAUUACGUGUGUUUGAAUCUAAUUACAUUUCUUUGAAUGAAAUCACUGUUACUGAUACCUCUUUCAUUAACCAAUAUUCAUUCAUCUUCAUGUAUAAACAAUGAAUUUCUUUAUUUAAUCAUUUUAUUUUUGCUGCUUUGUCUUACAACAUUGAAAAGUUACUUUGAAUCAUUUAUUUUUAUUAACUUAAGGGGUUAUUUUAAGGGGUUAUAUAAUUUAAAGAGAAGUAUGUGUUUUGAUGGUGAUGAGCAAUAAACUGCACUCACUUCUGCAUUAUUACUGGGAGGGAACUUUUCAUUCUUAUAUAUGUUUCUUAUAUACUAUCAAUAUGUCCAAAGAAUUGCAGGAAAUAUUUUGUGAUGAAUAGGAUUUUUUCUGGUGAACCUACAGUAGUUUCUCUCAGUCUGCCCUGUCUACUUCUAUUAAAAGCCAUGAAAACCUGUU